AUGAAUUUAUCGCUACAGGAUCCCUUUGCAGUAGCUAAGGAAUAUCCUGAUACCUUGACGAAUACUCUACAAUAUGGACAUUCAGUUGUGAUUCAGUUUAAUCAAAAAGGAGACUAUUUGGCAUCUGGUUUGAGUGAUGGUUCAAUUAUUAUAUAUGAUUUAGCUACGAAUGGAGGAGUAAUAGCACAUUUGUACAAGGGCGGUCAUAUAAGACCCGUGACAUCACUUGGAUGGUCCAAAUGUGGUCGUUACUUAUUAUCUUCAUCACAAGACUGGACAUGCAAAUUAUGGGAUUUGAGUAAAGUAAAUCACGACCAGGAUUCAGCAGUUAUUCGAAAUGUGAGAUUUGAUGGGCCAAUAUGGAUGGCUUCGAUUCAUCCAACUGAUACCUUCAAGUUUACUGCUUCGUUGUUUGAUGAUUUGCCUGUAUUUGUCGAUAUGACGAACGAGAGCGAUAUCAAGGUCACUAGGAUGACAACAGCACCGAAAGUGGCCCAUAGAGAACCAAAUGGAGAUGCUGUUGAAGACGAAGAGGAGAGUACUAGAAAGAAACGUAAGAAAGAUAAGCAUAUGACAUUGGUCUGUAUUUUUACACCUAAUGAUGGCACAUAUAUUUUUUCUGGUACCAAUCAAGGAUGGAUAAAUAUAUUCUUGACUGACACCUUAGAACUCAUUCAUUCAAUCAAAAUAUGUAAUUCAAACAUUAAAAAUCUAGUGAUUUCUUCCAAUGGACGGAAGUUGGCAGUCAAUUCCUCCGACAGAAUUAUUCGCCAGAUUAAUUUACCAGAUCUUAUCAAUAUAGAAACACCUGAGCAAUGGGAUUUUGAAGUUGAACACAAAUAUCAAGAUGUUGUUAAUAGGUUACAGUGGAACUCUGUAUCAUUUAAUCAUAAUGCUGAAUUCUUGAUUGCCUCUACCUUUGGUCAAUCCUCUCAUGAUCUUUAUAUGUGGGAAACUUCACUAGGAUCACUCAUAAAAAUCUUAGAGGGAAGUAAUGAGGAAUUAGUUGAUGUGAAAUGGAAUUAUCCUAGAUGUACUAUAGGAUCAGUGGGCCUUGACUCCGGUACAAUAUACCUUUGGCUGGUACAAUUCCCUCCUAAGUGGAGCGCUCUAGCUCCAGAUUUCGUUGAAAUUGAGGAAAACAUAGAGUACGAGGAGAAGGAGGAUGAGUUCGACGUUAUUGAUGAAUAUGACCUAAACAAAAAAAGACUAGAAGUCGAGGAUUUGCUGGUUGAUGUCGUAACCAGAGAACCUGUCGAUGCGAGAGGUUUUGAAAUCACCCUGGAGUCUUUCGUGAUUCCAAUCAAUUACGAAGUUUCAUUUUUUGAAUGA